AUGGAACCCUGUUCUAAACAAGGAAGAGAUGGGGAGGCGGUUUUUGAAUCCACAACUUACCAAGGGGUACUCUGGGUUCAGAUUCAUGGGCUCCCACCACUCAACAUGACGAUAGCGACAGCAAAUGCUGAAGGUGGACAAAUCGAGAGGGGAGGAAUGCAUCGGAAGAUAGGGAGCGAUGGGUGGUUUUCAAAUAUGAACUACUCUCAGACUAUUGUCUUGCGUGUGGAUGUCUUGGCCAUACUACAAGUGCAUGUGAGGCUGGAUUGGAUGGAAAAGAAUGGACGGCUUGACCUCCCUUUCUGUGAACUGGAGGCAGUCGAGGUCUUGCGAGGACGAAAGCUUAAACUCACUAGGAGACAAUCACCACCUCUAUCGAGCGAUGGCAACCGUUGGACUACGGGAACAAGGGGGAGUUGUGGAUUUCUGGGAUGGAGGAUAAGGCAGCCCACUAGAGCAAAGAGGAAGGGAGUACGUAGCACGAGAUAUAGUACAAGGUAUUUCAGCCGUAGAGGGAAAGAAGGUAUUUCAGCCCUAACGGACUGGACUAGGUUGUAUCAUAACAGGCUCAAAUGGAUUAGGCCCAAGUUUUAA